UAAUCUGUGGUCUUUAAAGAAUUAUCAAGAUAAACCUUUACCUGUUUACCACUCUCUCAUUAAAUUUUAGCUAAAAUGUAUUGAAUAGGUUGUCAACAAUGCUUUAAGAAAUAAAUUAACAUUGGAACACCUAUGGUUGAUAGAACAAAAUCACUGCCGAAUUAAUAAAAGGAACACAACUGGACAAUCGGACAGCUACCUGUGCUUGAUGGUGUUUUCUAGUAUUUUUAAGUCCUAGACAGACAUUGAGGAUGUCCUGGAUGGAGAUUUAUACUGACAUACCCAGGCAUCCCUGGGCCCCUUUUAGCACUCUGGCUCAGCAAAUCCACCAAUUCUGUGGCCUGAUGUAAGGUGUUUAGGGGAUGAGAGAUUCUCCUGAGUAAAUUAUAGUAGGGGAAGUAUGAGGCUUUAUUUGAAGCAGCAGAAUAUAAAUUGGGUAUUUUGCAUCGCUGUUGUUGGAAUGAACAGUGGUAGUAAGUGGCCUGUGUUCAUCUAGGGAGAUUUAGUCCACAUGAGCAUUUGGUUUUAUUGUGCUUAAGUUAAAUGAUGGCUAGAAGAAUCACCAUUUUGUGAUCAGAAAAACAAUUGACCCCUCAGACUUUGUCAGACUUGUUACUCUUGGCAAUUUUCUACCAGAUAACUCUUACCACGAGGAUAGCCCAGGGCUUUAUGUGACAUCUAGCAAUGUCACCGAGCUCUAUCCACUGUCUGCUUUUGGAGCGUCCCCUACCCACCUAUUCAGGUUCUGUUGUGAUAAUAAAGUCAAUCUCUACAUAUUCAUGGAUUAAAAACAACAACUUCACCAACUUAUGAACUAUUUCAUUAUCUUGUAGACAAAGCAUAGAUUAAAAUUUUGAAAUACACAAUAAAAAAUUAAAAUAUACUAGUUACGAAAGUUUUUACAUGGUAGCCUCAAUGAUGGAUGGUAGGUAAAAUGAGUGAGGGAAACUCAUGACUCUAAAUUAGUUUUAACAGCAACAAAUAUUGUUUCAUGGAGAAUUAACUUUGAAGCAGAAAAAUUAAUUAGAAAUAUAUAGCGAUAUUCUAGGUAAGAAGUAUUUAGAAACUGAAAUGAAACACAGUUAUGUAGGAAGACUAUUUGGAAACAAAUUUUAAGUUUUAUUGUCAGCAUUCUCAUUAAAUAUUUAAGAAACUCAUGCAAUGAAUCAGGCAAAAUAUGAGGUAUUUUGAGGCCAAUAGAACAAAUGUAGAAAAAUGAUGUUUUGCUAAAGUUUUAAGUAUCCAAGACAAAGUCCUUGUCAUUAAGGCACUUGUGCUCUUAAGAACUGAAUGCUAGGCUGGCCAUGUAGCUCACUGCUAGAGCAGGUGCCUGGCAUGCGUGUGGCCCUGGUUUUUAACAGCAGCACUAUAAAGAAUUAGAGCCCAGCAAAAACUCAGUAGGAAAGAGAGCCAAUGAAAAAUUGAUGGACUUUUUCUCUAGUCUUUAACUUCUCACCCUACUCACACUCUUAAGUUUGACUUUUUCUGUCCUUCUGGCAUUAUCUCAAGCUUUGGGACUACUAAGCCAGAACCAGGAAACUAAGAAUUAUGUUAAUUUUUGCUAUAAUACCACUAUUUGUUUAAUUAUACUUUGAAAAAUGUUACUAUUUAGGCACAAUCAAGAUCUUGUCUUUCAUUCAUUAAAGAGAUUAUAAGGAUAUAAUCUCUGUUCAUUAUAUCCUUAUAAACUCUUUAACAAACAGGUAAUAGACAUAUAACCUAUGCUACUGUGUCUUUAAUAAUUGAAGAUGUAGAAUAAUAAAAUCUUGGCUAAUAAAUUUACAAUAGAAAACAUUACUAAGAUUUCUCACUUUGUUUGAAUUUGUGUCUAUACCUUGUUAAUUUCACUGACUAUGUUCCCUUCAUUAACUGGGGGUGAAAACUGAACCAUUUUUGGAUCUUGAAAGUGCUAUGAGUUUCAUCACCUUGUAGACAAACCUACCACCCAUCUGGCUACCAUCUAAGAACUUUGGUAGCUAGUAUAUUUUAAUUUUUUAUUAUAUAUUUCAAAAUUUUAAUCUAUGCUUUGUCUAACAUUAAUUCAUCACCUGCUGGUCACCCACAACUUAACUAUUGCAGGUACACUGUGUGGCCUUGACAUAUCUUAGAAGGAGGCAAGCUUCUUGCAUUCUAUGACCUUGAUCAUAAAAUUCCCUCAACCCAGAUUGGCCUCUCUUUUGUCUGAACUAACUUCUCCUUAGAAUAAAUACUGAUUAUGAUUCUUGGUCAAAGAAGUGUUCUCUGCCAUGUGCAUCAUCUAAAACAAGUCUUCCCCCUGUCUUUUAAUGUACUUGUAUUUUUCUUUUGUAUCUACCCUUCUUUAGAGUCUUCUUAAUGUACUCUAUGACCAGCACUACAACAUUUAUUAUGUUGCAUCCUAACUUUCCAUAAAUUUUACUGAGGUCUAUAGUUUCCUUGUUUUCUUUACCAUGGGAGUGGGUGGUAAGGGCCUUUAUUCUUCUUUUUCCUCUUUGUGGUACUAUCUCUAAUAUUUUAUCUUUCAUUUUUAAACCUUCCUACUACUAUAACCAAUAGGAGUGUUCAGUUCACACUUAUCUGCACACACUCCUCAGCCCAGGCGCUCUUACACACACCCACAUACUCCUAUCUGGUUCUCCCUGACCCUUAUAACAGGAAAUAGCAAAGAGAAGCAGAAUAUUGAAAUAUGAAUUUAUACCCACUCCUUCUGAACUCUGGCUUUAUCACUUAGUCACACUGGACAAAGAACCAUCUAUAAAAAUGGAUUACUAGCAGUCUCACUUUACAUGGCUUUUGUGAACAUAUGACAGCAAUAUGUGACAUAUAGCGAGUAUAAUAAUAUCACUAUUGUAUUUGGUAUUUUCUCAGAGAAUGAAUAUCCUGACAUAAGAGCUCAGGAAGAUUAGAAAUAGGCAUGUUCAGCAGACAGCAUAUCAUGGUGACUAGCACAUACUCAAAACUGCACUGAGUUCAAACCACAGCUCUAUGAGCUUGGAUAAGAGAUCUAAGCUUUCUGUGUAACAAGUUACUAUAUGCUAGGUGGGGGUAAUAACUGUUCUGAUUUCAUUGAGUUGUAAAUGAGUUAACACAUAUAAAAUACUUAGCCUUCAUGGUAGGCUGAUGUGCCACUAAUAUGAACUUAGUUGAGAAGUUCCUAGGGCAGUGUUUCUCUACAUUUGAUUUUUAGUUGUGUCUGCCCUUAUUCAUUCUAUUGGCUACUCCCACACAUGUUCAUGGGUGCAGGUUUUCCGACCUCUUUUCUAGCAUGAAGAAAAUUCAGCCAGAUUGUCAAACCUCAGCCAGAUAAGUUCUGGAAGAAAAUGACCUUCCCACCAUGAACAACACUGGUUGAAUUCUUCUCAUUCUAUUUCAAUUUAUCCACCAGAGAAAUCUAUGGCCUGGUGCUUACCAUGGGUCACUGAAUGGGAAGCAAACCUUUAAAAUCUAAACGUUAAAUUUCCUAAGAAUCAACCUGCCCAAAUGUAUCAGCCAUUCAGAAAAAAAACAAAAAGCUUUCUUAUUACUUCUGCUAUGCCCAGUCCCUUCAGAAAUGUUCAAAAACUUCCAGUCUUAUUUUUAUUAACUUACUACCUUGUUUAUGUUCUAUAUAAAGAAAAACAAAUCAUUAAGAAACAAACAUUCAGUAUAUUUAAGAGUGGAUUCUUCUAUUAAGAGGAAUUAAACUGGUAAACAGUAUAUAGCAGAGUUUUAGAGUUUUCAUCAGGGGAUACUGGUGAGGCAGUUGGCUAAUCAAUUCAACAAAUAGCUGUUUGAAUGCAUUUCAUGUUAUCAGAUGAUAACAGCUAAACAAGGAGAGGAGGGAUUUGAGAGAAAAUCAAAUUCUGGCUGAAAUAUAACCUGACCUUUUAAAGUAUGCUCAGACAUAAAUUUUAAGAUACUCUUUGCAAAAUGGGCAUGAUAUAAUCUAUUCUCAAAUAUCUCAGAAGUUUUGAAAUUGGGAGCUAAAAAUAUAAGGUGAUUAUAUUUUCUAAAUCAGACAAUCUGAAAUUUUGUUUGGGUAUCCUAUUUAAAUCAUUGUCCCUUUCCUAGAAAAAUAGUAUUUUCUAUGAACUGUAUUUUUAAAUAUAAGAUAUAGGUUACCAAAACCAAGGUAACUUAUUCUUGACAAAGUACUUUUUUCAAGCACAUGAUUUGAAAAGGGCAAUUUAUCAUACUUUGAAAGUAAAAUUGGUGUUUUCCAUAAUAUUGGAAGUCAUUUGCUUGAAAGUACAUAAAUACAUAAUUCAUGUGUUGUGGCUCACUGAUUAAGAGAAUAAUUGACCAUAUGGACAAAACGAAAAUAUAGACAGUUUUGAAAUAUUUGCCAGGAUGUUCUGAUCAUGCUCAUUCACCUUAGGUUUUCAGAGACCAAGUUUACUUGACCAGACUUUGCUAACCUCCCCUUCAUCCAGAAGCAAAGUCUGUAAGUUUGAUUUUUUUUUUCAGAUAAACACAUCUGGGGACCACCAAUGUUUUCACUAAGUAUAGCUGCAAAAGACCACGAGACUUUGAGAGCGACAGUAUUUCCAUGGUGACAUGCAUAAACAAAUAGAGAAAUGAUUCCCUGGAUGUUUGAUUAGCAGAGUCGGGGCAGAGCUUGUCUGAUAUUUCCAAAAGUUUGCUGGUGACAUUCAUGAUGGGUUCUUUAGGGGGAGAGGGCACAAGAAUGCUGAAAGGACUUUGAUACAGGAAAAGAGACACAACUCCUGAGAACUUCCCCUCCAGGUUUUUGCUGUUGGGGAAGAAAAUCAUGCACUUAUUUUGCACCUAAUAAAUAUUUCAGAUCCAUUUAUGAAUAAUUAGUGCAGUUACCACGCUUUGGGAAAGUCACAAGGUGAAGCAGUGGAAAAGGAAAGUACAUUCCAGGUUCUGAGCCUGUCGCUAGCACAUCGCUGGAAACCCCCUCUGUCCUCACAAUAGAUUAACUACCCUCUGUGCAUACUAUAUUUUUGCUCAGCUCUUCCUAUUCUGAGUCUGGACUGAAGCAGUCGUUAUCUGUGGCGGUGCCUGGGUGAUUUUCAAGCCGAGCACUACCCACCCAAGUAGCUGCGAUACCGGCUUUCACUGAAGCCUUAUUACUCUUAAAAGAGCAAUUUGGUUGGCUGCACGGCUAUUAGGAUCACACAGGCAGCCUGAAAGCUGUCAGUACAACUGCUUCUCAUCUUUUUCACACCGUCCUGACAUCUCUUCUCUUUUCUGCUGGACACACAUUCCUGUUUUUAUCAUUUUCAAUCAAGUGCACGCAGGACGCUGAGGAAUAUUCCCACUGAAAGCAAAGUGGAGAGCAGGAAUGAUUUUACAGCUCCUAAAGUGGAAACAGUGCUGACUGCGGGCUGAGGAGCAGGAGCUGGAUCCGUGAGAAAUGUAGCUUGGCUUAGGGCUACAUCAGGGAGCUGCUACUUCAGCUGUUAAAGAUGGCAAAACACCACCUACCUCCGGCUUCUCAAUGAUUAAUGCUAUUUUCAUAACCGGGAGGGAAGAGGAUGUGAGAAAUUUUGUAAAAUUCACUUGUGGAAAUGUUAUCAUUCGAGAAAGUGGAGAAAAUUACUAGACUCGAACUUCUCUUCGUUUUGAUGCUUUUCUGCUCUGGACCAACUCUCUGCAAGCUGACCAGGACCCCCUGGAAAGGCAAACCUUGGAAGGGGGGAUCUCGUCUUCGUCAAGAAGACUUUCCCCCCAGGAUUGUAGAACACCCUUCUGACGUCAUUGUCUCCAAGGGAGAGCCCACCACUCUGAACUGUAAGGCAGAGGGCCGGCCAACUCCCACCAUUGAAUGGUACAAAGAUGGUGAGCGGGUGGAAACAGACAAGGAUGACCCCAGGUCACACAGGAUGCUUCUGCCCAGCGGAUCCUUAUUCUUUUUGCGAAUUGUGCAUGGGCGCAGAAGUAAACCAGAUGAAGGGAGCUACGUUUGUGUCGCAAGGAACUAUCUUGGUGAAGCAGUGAGUCGGAACGCAUCUCUGGAAGUGGCAUUAUUGCGAGAUGACUUCCGACAAAACCCCACAGAUGUGGUAGUGGCAGCUGGAGAGCCUGCAAUCCUGGAGUGCCAGCCCCCACGGGGACACCCAGAACCCACUAUCUACUGGAAGAAAGACAAAGUCCGAAUUGAUGACAAGGAAGAAAGAAUUAGUAUCCGUGGUGGGAAACUGAUGAUCUCAAAUACCAGGAAAAGUGAUGCAGGGAUGUACACCUGUGUGGGCACCAAUAUGGUGGGAGAAAGAGACAGCGACCCCGCAGAGCUGACUGUCUUUGAACGACCCACAUUUCUCAGGAGGCCAAUUAACCAGGUGGUGCUAGAAGAAGAGGCGGUAGAAUUCCGUUGUCAGGUCCAGGGAGAUCCACAGCCAACUGUGAGGUGGAAAAAGGAUGAUGCAGACUUGCCAAGAGGAAGGUACGAUAUCAAAGAUGACUAUACCCUGAGAAUUAAAAAGGCCUUGAGUACAGAUGAAGGUACCUAUAUGUGUAUCGCUGAGAAUCGGGUAGGGAAAGUGGAAGCCUCUGCUACUCUCACUGUCCGAGUUCGCCCUGUUGCUCCUCCACAGUUUGUGGUUAGGCCAAGAGAUCAGAUUGUUGCUCAGGGCCGGACAGUGACAUUCCCCUGUGAAACUAAAGGAAACCCACAGCCAGCUGUUUUUUGGCAGAAAGAAGGCAGCCAGAACCUACUUUUUCCAAACCAACCUCAGCAACCCACUAGCCGGUGUUCAGUGUCACCCUCCGGGGACCUGACCAUCACCAACAUCCAGCGUUCAGAUGCGGGGUACUACAUCUGCCAGGCCUUAACGGUGGCAGGAAGCAUCUUAGCUAAAGCGCAGUUGGAGGUUACCGACGUUUUGACAGAUAGACCUCCACCCAUAAUCCUGCAAGGACCUAUAAACCAAACACUUGCAGUAGAUGGUACAGCGCUACUGAAAUGUAAAGCCACUGGAGACCCUCUUCCUGUAAUUAGCUGGCUAAAGGAGGGCUUUACUUUCCUGGGUAGAGAUCCAAGAGCAACAAUCCUGGAACAAGGAACCCUGCAGAUUAAGAAUUUACGGAUCUCUGAUACUGGCACUUACACUUGUGUGGCUACAAGUUCAAGUGGGGAGACUUCCUGGAGUGCAGUGCUGGAUAUAACAGAAUCUGGAGCAACAAUCAGUAAAAAUUAUGAUAUAAAUGACCUGCCGGGGCCACCAUCCAAACCACAGGUCACUGAUGUUACUAAGAACAGUGUUACCUUAUCCUGGCAACCAGGUACACCUGGAGUUCUUCCAGCAAGCGCAUAUAUCAUUGAAGCUUUCAGCCAGUCAGUGAGCAAUAGCUGGCAGACUGUGGCAAACCACGUUAAGACAACUCUCUAUACUGUAAGAGGGCUGAGGCCCAAUACAAUCUACUUGUUCAUGGUCAGAGCGAUCAACCCCCAAGGUCUCAGUGACCCAAGCCCUAUGUCGGAUCCUGUACGUACACAAGAUAUCAGCCCCCCAGCACAAGGAGUGGACCACAGACAAGUACAGAAAGAACUAGGGGAUGUCAUCGUUCGUCUCCAUACUCCAGUUGUUCUGACACCUACAACUGUUCAAGUCACAUGGACGGUGGAUCGGCAACCCCAAUUUAUUCAGGGCUACAGAGUGAUGUAUCGUCAGACUUCUGGCCUACAAGCUUCAACUGCAUGGCAAAAUCUAGAUGCCAAAGUCCCCACUGAGAGGAGUGCUGUCCUAGCAAAUCUGAAAAAGGGGGUAACUUACGAAAUUAAAGUCAGACCAUAUUUUAAUGAGUUCCAAGGAAUGGACAGUGAAUCAAAAACAGUCCGUACUACUGAGGAAGCCCCCAGUGCCCCUCCCCAGUCUGUGACUGUGCUGACCGUUGGAAGCCACAACAGCACAAGCAUUAGUGUAUCCUGGGAUCCUCCACCCCCAGACCACCAGAACGGAAUUAUUCAGGAAUAUAAGAUCUGGUGUCUGGGAAAUGAAACACGAUUCCAUAUUAACAAAACUGUGGAUGCAGCCAUCCGUUCUGUAGUAAUAGGUGGCUUAUUCCCUGGAAUUCAAUACCGGGUAGAAGUGGCCGCUAGCACAAGUGCAGUUGGAGUAAAAAGUGAACCACAGCCAAUAAUAAUUGGGGGACGUAACGAAGUUGUUAUUACUGAAAACAAUAACAGCAUAACUGAGCAAAUAACUGAUGUUGUGAAGCAACCAGCAUUUAUUGCUGGCAUUGGUGGUGCCUGCUGGGUAAUUUUGAUGGGUUUUAGCAUCUGGUUGUAUUGGAGAAGAAAGAAGAGGAAGGGACUCAGCAAUUAUGCUGUAACAUUUCAAAGAGGAGAUGGAGGACUAAUGAGCAAUGGGAGCCGCCCAGGUCUUCUAAAUGCUGGGGAUCCCAAUUAUCCAUGGCUUGCUGAUUCAUGGCCAGCCACGAGUUUGCCAGUAAACAACAGCAAUAGUGGCCCAAAUGAAAUUGGAAAUUUUGGACGUGGAGACGUGCUUCCUCCAGUUCCAGGCCAAGGGGAUAAAACUGCAACGAUGCUUUCAGAUGGAGCCAUUUAUAGCAGCAUUGACUUCACUACCAAAACCACUUACAACAGUUCCAGCCAAAUAACACAGGCCACCCCAUAUGCCACGACCCAGAUCCUGCAUUCCAAUAGCAUCCACGAACUGGCAGUUGAUCUUCCUGAUCCACAGUGGAAAAGCUCAAUUCAACAAAAGACAGACCUGAUGGGAUUUGGCUAUUCACUACCUGAUCAGAACAAGGGUAACAAUGGCGGGAAAGGUGGAAAAAAGAAGAAAAACAAAAAUUCUUCUAAAGGGCAGAAAAACAAUGGAUCGACUUGGGCUAAUGUCCCUCUACCUCCUCCUCCAGUCCAGCCCCUUCCUGGGACAGAAUUGGGGCACUAUGCUGCAGAACAACAGGAAAAUGGCUAUGACAGUGACAGCUGGUGCCCACCGUUACCAGUGCAAACAUAUUUGCACCAGGGUAUGGAAGAUGAGCUGGAAGAAGACGAUGAUAGGGUCCCAACGCCUCCUGUUCGCGGGGUGGCCUCUUCACCUGCUAUCUCCUUUGGACAGCAGUCCACUGCCACUCUUACUCCAUCCCCACGGGAAGAGAUGCAACCCAUGCUUCAAGCUCACUUGGAUGAGUUAACAAGGGCCUAUCAGUUUGAUAUAGCAAAACAAACAUGGCACAUUCAAAGCAAUACUCCACCUCCACAGCCCCCAGUCCCACCAUUAGGUUAUGUGUCCGGAGCCUUGAUUUCUGAUUUGGAAACAGAUGUUCCAGAUGAGGAUGCUGAUGAUGAAGAGGACCCGAUAGACAUCCCCAGGCCCCUCAGAGCACUAGACCAGACACCUGGAUCCAGUAUGGACAAUCUAGAGAGCUCUGUGACAGGUUCAAUGGUAAAUGGAUGGGGCUCUGCAUCUGAUGAGGAUCGUAACUUUUCUAGUCAUAGAUCUAGUGUAGGUAGCUCCUCAGAUGGCUCCAUCUUUGCCAGCGUCAGCUUUGCACAAGCCUUGGUGGCAGCAGCAGAUAAAGCUGGUUUUAGGCUGGAUGGAACCAGUCUUACAAGAACAGGAAAAGCCUUUACCUCCUCUCAAAGGCCACGGCCCACCAGUCCAUUUUCUACCGACAGUAACACCAGCGCUGCCCUGAAUCCAAGCCAGCGGCCUCGGCCCACCAAAAAACAUAAGGGAGGACGGAUGGACACACAGCCAGUGUUACCUCAUCGGAGAGAAGGGAUGCCAGAUGAUCUUCCCCCAGCACCAGAUCCCCCACCAAGUCAGGGUUUAAGACAGCAGAUAGGCCUGAGCCAGCAUUCUGGUCACGUGGAAAAUUCAACAGAGAGAAAAGGAAGCUCCCUAGAGAGACAACAGGCCGCCAACUUAGAAGACACAAAGAGCUCACUGGAUUGUCCAGCUAAGACCGCCCUAGAGUGGCAGCGUCCAACCCAGGACUGGAUAAACUCUACAGACCGCCAAGAAGACACACGGAAAGCCCCACACAAACAAGGGGUUGGAUCAGAGGAGUCCUUGGUCCCCUACAGCAAGCCCAGCUUCCCAUCUCCAGGUGGACACAGCUCUUCGGGAACAUCUUCCUCUAAAGGGUCUACUGGCCCUCGGAAGGCUGAAGUAUUGAGGGGCAGCCACCAGCGGAAUGCCAGUGACCUUCUGGACAUUGGAUAUGUGGGCUCAAAUAGUCAAGGACAGUUUACAGGUGAAUUGUAGUAACUGAGAGGGGACAUACAAAGAUGCUCUGAGGACCAUCAGGUCUGAACUCAUGGAAGUGAUAACAUUUAACAGUGCAAUGAACAAUUUCUUUAUUUAUGUACUAUUAACAAAACUGUAAAUGCAAUGUAAAAACACACAGCCACACAUAUCCCACAGUUAUUUUCUUGUGUUCUCCUCUUAAUUACACCACCUACCUUAACUCUUUCUUGUCAGGAGUAUAUAAGAAAAAGAAAGAACGCAAACUCACCCUCCAGGAAAAAAAGGAUUUUCCUCUGUAUAUAAUUUCUUUUUUGCAUUGCUAUGCAAGCUCACUCUUUUUAGCUCUGUUCAUAUUAUUGUCUGUUCUUAUUGGUCUGUUGUACUAUAUGUGAAUUAAUGGGCUGUAGUGCCAUAUAUUAACUUUUAAUUGUGUAACUUUUUAUGUUUAAAUUUUGCACUGCAAUUUUAUUUGGUGAUAAGCACAAAUCUCUACUCCUCAUGACAUGAAGAAAAGAUUGAAUGUGAAGGGAGUUUUCUGUACUGUAAGUUAGGUUGGGUAAUGCUGGUGUAACCAAUCCUGUGUGAUGGUUUUCAUUUGGGGGUGUAGAAAUAGGAAGAUUUGAAGGAAUGAUGGUGUUGGCAAAGUCUUCUUGAAAAAUUGGAUAUUGAGUCAAUUUUAAGAAGCAGAAAGAUGGCUUUUAGUAUUGAAAAAAGCAGGGGUCAAAAGAAGGAAGUUUAAGUCUACAUAGAAUAUGCGUUAAAGUAUGCUGGUAGCAAAGAUGUACUAACUUGCUUUAAAAAUAUAAUUAAAAUUUUAUUUAGAAGCAACUUUACUUGCCAUUGUAAUUGAAUCAACUGAGAAUUACAAUGAGCAAAAUGAAAUCAAGGUUGUUUGAAGAGAUCUGUAUUUAUAUUACAGCUUUUAAAAAACAGCAUUUUUGAAUUACCAUAAUUAAUCUUUCCAACUCAUUAAGUCAGAGUAUAAAAUGAAGUUCCCCAAGGAAACAAAGAAAAUGAAUUCUAGGAAUCUAGCAAAUAGUUAAAGAAGCAACUUAUUAUUAGGGCAUACUCGGGCUACUCUUGAAUAUUGCGAUAUCUUGCUCAUCUUUCUAAUACAUGUACAGUACAUACUAGAGGAUGUAGCCACAUCACUUAAGUUCAUUACUUAAAAAAAAAAAAAAACUAAUGCAUUCUACAUACAAUUUUGUGUUUCUUUUGAUUAAAAAGUGAAAUUGAUGCCACCAAAUGUAUAGCCAAGUUGUAAGUGCUUAAAGGCAGUGCUCACAGUAUGUUCAGUUUACAAUUAGUAGAUAUAUUGGACUAAAUAUUUUCUGGUACAUUCUCAGAAAUUGGCUACCAAUGAAAAUCUGUUUGACCCAUUUUGAAUGAGUAAAUUGGAAAGAACAGUCAAAGGGAGAAAAAUGCAUGUUUAUACACUUUUUAAAUAAAACCAAAUCUUGUAAGUGGACAUUAAUUACAGUGUCCUGCCUCAUUUGUUUUAACGACCUUGAGAACAAGGAGUUUCUGGACAUCAAUUAUGUAUACUCAAGAUAAAUGUGACUUUGAAAUGUAUGUUAGCUACUGUACAUGUAUGUAAGUCAAGUAGAUGAUAGCCUUCCUGAAAUUACCACUGAUGAUGUUUUCCCAUGUGCUAUUUACACAAUCUUAAAUUCUAGUCCAAACGAUAUUUUGUAUUAUUUUUUUCUUAUGAUAUGUUCAAUAGAUGGUAUAUUGAAAAAUAUUCAAUGUGAUGGUCAAAAUAUUCAAUUUUCAAGUAGGGGACAUUUUGAUUGACACAACACACUGUGUAUUAUUGGCUCAGAUGCCAACUUUUAUGACCUUAUUAUAUAAAAUACAUAAGUACAUGGUUCCAAGGCUACUGUACCACAGGAAAGCAUAGAGUGUGAUGUUAUGCAUGGGUCUCAAAAUUUUCUUAGUGCCAUAAAGUUAACUUUCUUCCCUUAAGGGACAAAUAAUUCUGACACACCGUUUAACAACUUUUUAGCAUCAGUGCCUGAGUUUUACUGAAAUUUGAUGUCUCUGGUACAAGGAAAUGGGAAAAGUUGAACAGUUUCUGUGUAAAACAAAAAGGAUUAUGUAAUUAUUUUCAAUUCCAAGAUGCGAUUAAUUUAAUUUUGCACUUACACAGUUCCUUAUUCCAUGGCCUCUAUUUAAAUGCAUAAGACCUUUUAAGAAAUAUACUUAGUUGGAUUAUCACUUUAUGUUCAUGAAUAACAUAAUUUAGUGUAAAAUAGUAUAUCAUAUGUAUGGUAACUGACAUUUACAGAUUAUUAUCAACCCAAGUCACAAGAAAUGAUAUCUGCAGAACACAUGAUGACUUGAAGAAUGAUUUGGAAUUAUAGCACCAUGUCUUCCUGAUUGCCUUCAGUAUAGAAUCAUAAACAGUUAGAUUGUGAUCGAUACAGAUUACAGACGGUGAUUACUGCAAAAUAAUGUACCCAAUAUCUGCCAUGAAGACAAGAUAACAUGCUAUGGUAAUUUGAAUUCAGGCAUACUAUCAACAACAGAAAACCUUCAUCAUCUAGAUAAUUGUACAAAUCCAUUCACCAUUAACAUUUGGAUUGUUGACUGAGGAACACAUACCUCCUGAGAGUCCCAUGUCUUCCCCUUUGUAGCUGAUUGAAUGUGAUGGAAAAUCUACUGAGCUCACUUUUCUGUGAGCCUGAAUAGAAACCUGCAUAAGCCAUCAGAAGGAAAUCUGGGUGGGAAUGAAACCUCAUUUUUUGAUCAUCGGCAAUACUGCUGUGUAGUCAGGCCAGACCCAAGCACAGCUUCUUUCAGAACAGGCCAAGUCUCCUUAGGGAAUGCAAUAUCAGUACCCAAACUCAGGUAUGCCAGUAUAAGCAGUGGAGUCUGCCUACCCUUUUCAUGUGAUUUUACAAAAGUAACAGGAGAGGACAGAGCUAUGGAAAAAAUGAACUCCAUCAUAGGAUUUGGAGCAGCUCAAGGAAGUAUAUAGGAAAGUCAAAACCAAUGGGUAAGGCAUCACACAACCAAAGUGAAGUAAAACCUUCCAAAUUUACUUACUCUGACUAAGAAAACAGAUUUAGUAUGUUCUAUGUUAAAGUAUAAUGCUCUACAUAUUUAAAUACAUUUUUAAUGGGGUUUAAGUUGCAAGUUUGUAUGUGGUUUCAUGGAAUACAACCAAGUUCUACUUAAUGAAAUUAUGCAAUUUUCAUUGAUGAUAAAACAAUUACCACAUCAAUGAGCUCCCAACUGCAGAUCACUUCCCCUGAGAAGUGAUCUUGUCAGUAUUGAAGAUAUGCAGAAACAUAACAUUCGCUACUGUUAGUUUAUUCAUCUACUUCUGUAUAUUGUGCAAAAAAAAAAAAAAAAAAAAUGAACCUGUCUUUACACAUUACCUGAGAGGUGAAAUGAUUUUUUACUUUGCUUUGUCAUAAUGCGUACUUCAAAUGAAACACCAUACAUUUUUUAAAUGACAUGCAAUUUACAAAUAUUUUUUACUCUCAUAAUUUUAAAAAUGUUCAUUGUGAUUUUAAAGUGUUACAAGACAAGGGAUUUUGUGGCCGUGGGUAGACUUUUUAUACUUUGUUUUAUAGAUGGAUUUUUUUCAUUGUAGUUUAUUUGAGUCAACAAACAAUAUCCCAAAUCUUAUUGUGUUUCAUUUGAUAUUGUUAGAUCAGCAAAGAAAUUGGCAUAAAUUGAUUCAUAGUAUUGUCAAAAAAUUGUGUAUUGUGUAUUCACUGGGAAAAAUAAAAAUAUAUUCACAUUUCAAUUUUGUAAAAAAAAAAGCCAUUUAUGUAAAACAAAUUUGUCUGUGGACAAACCAAAAAUAGAUCAUUGUCUCACUUUUAGAACUUUGUGAAUAUUUUGUGGCCCUAUUCAUAUUUCUUUUUCUAAUUCAGAGAGAGAUCAGAAGUGCCAAGUAGGAAAUGGUGUUGACUAGGUAGUCAUGAUUAAAAGACACCAAUAAAGACUACAAGUAUUUAGAAUUAUA